AUGCCAUCUUUAUUAUAUAUUCAAAGUCCCGGAAGGGAUAUAUAUAAUUAUUCAAGAGAAAGAGAAACACAAGAAAGAAGAAUACAUUUGCCUAAUAAUACUUUUAAUGAUGAUGUUUAUGUUUGUCACAGUAAGGCUGAAAGUUAUCCUCCAUGGAUAAGUGAGAUUCAUGGAUUAGGACAAGCAUUACUUAGUAAAUCAAAAAAAGAACGUAUUUUCUGGUGGAUUGUACUUUUUAUUUGCGGAAGUGUUUGUAUAGCAAUGACAACAAUGGUUGUUGUAGAAUAUAUUAAUGGUCCUACAGCUACCUCAACAACUAUCAAAUUAGUUUCUUCACAACAAUUUCCAGCAAUAACAAUAUGUCCUAAAAUUCCUGAUGUUAUAAAAUUUGAUGGAAUAUAUAACGAUAUGAAAGUACAUUUUCCAAAUUUAACAGAAAAUGGGUGUAGAGAUUUAAUACAAUAUUUUUUGGCUGGUAAUGGUUUUGAGAAUAUGAAUGAUCUUGUAUAUUUUAAUACAAGUUAUUUAAAUGAAUUAGAUAAUAUGUAUAAAAUAUGGUCUCAUGGUUAUGAUGUUAAAGAAUUUUAUGAUUUAAUUCAAGGAAGAUAUGGAAUUGAAUGUGAAGAUCUUUUUAAAGAAUGUGAAAUAUCUGGAAAUAAAAUUAAUUGUUGUGGUCAAGUUUUUAAACAACAAGUAGUUAUGAGAAGAGGAUUAUGUUAUCAAACUAUUAAAGGACUAAAUCAAACAGAAGCUGACGAUGUUGGUAAAUUAUCAAUCAAAAUGAAAGCACCCGUUUCAUCCAGUAGUACAACAUACAUCUACCAACCUCAAUUAAUUUUAUAUGUUAGUGAUAAUUUUGAUUAUGCAAUGGAUUUUCCAAGAUAUUAUAUUUAUCCAAAUGAAUGGAAUAGAAUGUUUUUAACAUCAAGAAGAAUUGAAUUAUUAGAACAUCCUGGUGAUUGUACUUAUCAAAUUGAAGGAACUGAUUCUGUUUGUUUUAUAAGUCAAUGGCUUAAAAAUACUAUUAUUAAUGUAUUUAAUUGUACAUUAACAUAUCUAAAUAACAUACCUGGUAGUGAAAAUUAUUCUAUAUGUAAUCUUUCAUUAAUUGCUAAUAAUUAUUAUGAUACUAUCCAAUUGGUUAAAGCAGGGAGUAUAAAUUCAUCAUUAUGUAUUCCAGGUUGCCAUCGAUGGGAAUAUCAUCCAACAUUACAACAAACUCCAGCACUUGAAAAUUUUACAGAUUAUGAUUUUAAUUUGGAAAUAUCAUUUUAUAAUCUUCAGUAUGAAAGUGUAAGAGAAAUUUACACAACAUCAAUUCCUGGUUUUAUGUCUCAAAUAGGAGGUCAAUUUGGUUUUUUUUUGGGUCUUUCAAUAAUAACAAUGUUUCAAGUUAUUAUCUUUAUUAUAGAAAGUAUUAUUAAGUUUAUUUCUAGUAGUCGAUUAACAAAGAAUGUCAAAUUAUUUUUGACAAAAAUAACAAGAAAAGAAGAUUCGUCAAAUGCUGAUGUGCCAUCCUGA